AUGCCGUCGGCGCACCGGCGCGGCAGCAGCCGCCGCCGCAAGCCCGGCGACGCGGCGCCGCAGCGGACGCUCCCCGCCGUGCCGGGGCCGUCCAGGAUGGACGCCAAGAUGGAGGCCAGCCGCGCGGAGCGGCUGGAGGGGCUGCGGGCGGACAGAAUGGACGUCCUGGAGCGCCUGGAGCGGCUGGACGGCAGAGGGGACCGGCUGGACGGCAGGGGGGACCGGCUGGACAGCAUGGGGCCGCUGGGGCGGGUGGCGUCGGAUAGAAUUGACGCCCUGGAGCGGAUAGAGCGUCUAGACGGCAGGGGCGACAGGCUGGACAGCAUGGGGCCGCUGGGACCGCUGGGGCCGCUGGGGCCGCUGGGGCGGUCGGGCCCGGACAGAGCGCAGUCCAUGGGGGCGCCCCAGAGCUUCCACCAGGCCGUGCACCAAGGCCUGCACAAGCCGCCGCAGCCGCCGCGCUACUUCACGUUCGACCACGUGGACCACUCGCACUACUACAGGCCGUAGCCGCGACAGCCGCGAACGCGUGGAGCGUCAACUCCGAUGCAGCCGCCACUGGUAAAACGAAGGCGUAACAUUUAUCGUGAAGCGUCCAGCCCCUACGCCCUUAUUCAGGCGUACAAGAGCUCAUGCGCUUCUUUCUGUAUAAAUGCAUAGUGCGAAUUGCCUUGAAUCUUGGUUGUAUGCUUCAAGAAGGUCGUAUGUCUUAAAGCGUAGUUGCAAGCGCGCAACUACACUUAAGUUUUAUCAGUGGCGUCUUGGAGUCUUUUUUUUUCGUGCCUGUUGGCAAUGGGCCACAACGGAAUCUCGGAAAGACUAAAUUCGAGCGUGCCAACUUUGAGAUGUUCGGCUUGAUCUGGCCGCUGUGCAUAUUUGUGAUGUAUUUUUCAAGUGGAUGCCGAGUGUGGAGUGCAACACGUGGGUAGCGGGUGGAUGCCCCAAGGGUUGCCGAUGCGGACUGCAAGGAUUGCGGCCUAGAAUCUGCCUGCGGGAGAGGCGAAGUUAUGAAUUCCGCCUAUUUGCAGGGUUAAUGUGCAGCUUUUUGACUCUUACAGAGGCAAAGUGUCGCGUUUUGUCUACCUUUCAGCGGCUGUUUUGCUGCCCAUAAGGCCUUUUCCCCUGCUAAAUCCGCCCUCGGAGCACUGCAGUGGAGCUACGCGGAAAGGCUCAACAUCGGCGCUCUGCUAUGCCAUGGCUAUGCCCGCCUGACUGUCGCGUGUUAAACUUUGCGCCCGGUACUUAUCUGUAGUGAACGAUGAUGAAAUGGCAGGCCGCCAUCGCUGCUGGGCAGCGGUUCUGGACAAAGACCAUAUCUUGUAGGUUUGUGUUUUAUAUGGUGUAUGUGAGUGAAGGAUAAAUAUCACUAGGAAUUGAUACAUUAUUUAUUAAUAUUCGUAAGAAAAUUUAUAUUUAAAACUCAGUAUUAUUAAUAUUACACCGUAUUAGCUGAAUUUCAGCUUCGCCAAACAGAAUCUCAUUACUUGUCAAUAUUUUUUGUUAUUUCUAUCGUCGUUCUUCCUAGCCAGUGUAGCUGUACGUUUUAUAAAUUUGGUAAAUUUUUCUUAGCCUCAGUCAGUAACGGGUCAAAUGUGACGUGAUAGUUCGUCUUUUAUUUGUACGUAAUAGAUGUGUGUACCUCGCAAUGUUUCGCAUUUUGUUUCGUAGAGCUCUUUACGGGCUUUCCCAUAUGUGGUAUCUGCCAGUACUUUCUGGUGAGUUGUUUAUUGUUUCAAGUGCAGGUAGGCGAUGCUGUUUCCAUGCGUAUGCUGCUCCCAUGAAUCUGUGAAAGUCCUAGUUUUUGUGUUACAACUUUCAAACCCGGGAGACUCGAGCUGCCUAACUUGAAGCCUGUUUCUAUGUCGGCCCCAGCUGGGACUCUGAGCCCGUCCCCGCUGGGCUAGGAUCGGAUUGUGUGCUGUAUGCGUGCAAUAAACAGUUUCUGUCGAACGCCA